ACCAAAUCUUGGGAUUUUUUUUUUUAAAGUGAGUGACAGCCCUUGAGUUACUUAGUCGGUGUCUUGGAUUACUUAUAAAAACUGUCAUCCACGACCUAGUCUAACCGUUAUCAUUUGUGGGGAGAUUUGUAAUGUAAACUAAUCCUUAAGACAGAUGACAGCAGUAAAAAGAAUAGUAUGUGGAAUUUCUGGAGGUGUUGAUAGUGCAGUUGCGGCUUUGUUGCUGAAAAGAAAAGGCAAAUACAUUUUAUGACAUUUUUUUUAUCAUGAAUCAUAAUCAUGUAUUGGUUGAAUUCAUUGAUUAAUUGAUUGUAUCAAAUUGUUAAAUUUAGUAUGAUUUUAAUUAAAUGUAUUCACUUUUGACUAUAAUUGAAUUGCCCAGCAGUGCACCCAUAAUAUAAUUGACGUGUCCACCAGCACUUUUAUUUAAAAUUUAGUGUGCCUCCUAGGCAUAAUACUACAACUACAAGACCUAUAGUAUAGCCUAUAGCCUAUGGCCUAUACUCCUACACUUAAUUAUACUAUACUAUACAGUAACUAUAUCAAGGAUCAUGUAACUAGAAGAGUAGAUCUAGUAGAUCAAAGGACAGAUGAAUACUUAUACGUAUCUUAAGUUAUAUAGUAUAUUCUUUCAUUUUAUUGAAUAGGCAUUCAGUUUCAUUUCGAUACAGAUUCAGAUUACUGAGAUUAGUUUGAGGUCAGGUUGUGAAUGAUCAAAAUCAAAUAAAAAAUAAAUAGGCUAAUAAUAAUGUAAUAAUCCUAAUAGUAGGCCUAAAAUAGUAUUAUUAUUAUACCUUAGUCCUCUGAUCUGUGUACUGUAGUGUAGUUUGGCAUGUCAAACUUAAAAUAAUAUUAAUAAAUGUCAUUAAAAUUAUAGGCUAGUUAGGCCAAUGCCUUUUGAGUAAGUUCUUCGAUACACAUAUUAUUCAUAUGUGCACUGUUCUGCGGAAGUUGAAAAAAUGACGCAAAUAUCUUUGGCCAUAGUAUAGUAACUAACUAUCGGCAGGUGCAGACAGUGCAGUGAUCUAAUUUUUUUGCACUUUGUAACAGUUUAAUAAGGUAUUUAAAUUAAAAUGUGAUUAAUUGUAAUUAAUUGUUUCAGUUAAUGUGAUCUUAUACUUAUACUUCCUGUGUGUCUUUAAAUUUAAUAUUAGAGUCUAGUGCUAUUGUUAUAUAGUAUUAAUAAAUAAUAAUAAGAAUAAUAAUAAAGUGUAUUUAAAAAAACACGCUUCAUCCCCAAAUAGGCUAUCUAUAGGCUAUAUAUUUAUAAUGAAAUUGUAUCUCUGUUAGUUAAUAAGUAAAAAGAGACUUCAAAAUUGUAGUUAAUUAUUCAGAAAUUAAACAGCUAUAUUAAUAAUAAUGAACACAUUUUAAGGUCACAUUAUUAUUAGGAAGUUAUAAUAUGCAUUUAUAAUAAUAUAGGAAGUUAUAUUUUAUUUACUUUAUCUUUUAAAUUUAAAUCAUUUCACAAGUAUUUGGUUUUUUUAUUUAAAUAUGAUAUCUAAUAUGCUUGCUGUGGUUAACUAUGAUAAUCCUGUCCAGGCUAUGAUGUAGCCGGAUUGUUCAUGAAAAACUGGGACAUCCGAGAUGAGAAAGGAAAAUGCUCCACAGAUGUUGACAAGGAGGAUGCUGCAUGGGUCUGUAAAACUCUAAAUAUUCCACUGUUUGAGGUCAAUUUUGUCAAAGAAUACUGGCAUGAGGUAUUUAGGUAUGUAUCAUUAAAAAAAAAAGAAAGGGUUUUUUCAUUGCUUUUAAUUACCUUAUUUAGUGCAGAUAUUUUGAAUUUUUAAAGUGGCUCGUAUGGUCAGAGUGCUUACAAUUCAGAAUAGUGAUAUCCCUUCAUAAUUUUUUUUUUUUACAUUUCAUAUUAUUUUUUAUUGCACUUGUAAGUGUUGUAAAACUUUACUACUCUGAUGAAACAAAAUUGAGCAAACAGGGUGCAUUUCAAAUAUUAUUUCGAUAGAAAAUGGAGCGAAGGGUGAAAUUUACUGGAAAUUAGCUUAAAAUAUUUUUAUAUACCUGGCAUCUGGCAAGUAAUUUUGAAGUUGUUUGAUGUCAGUGUCAGCACUAUUGAUUUAUAUUUUGCUUAGAAUUUUUACGUUGCACAAACUCAGAUUAAGUUGAGAAAAAGUUUAAGUUAAAAUUCUACAUUCUAUCAUUUUCUAUGACAUAUUAACUUCUAGCUUGAAAUUUGAUUCCAUCAAUUUAAACAGUGACUUGGUCAAAGAUUAUGCAGCUGGCAUUACACCCAAUCCUGACAUUCUCUGCAACCGCAAUGUCAAGUUCAAACACUUCCUCAACCAUGCUGUCUCUAAGCUUGGAGCAGAUGCCAUAGCAACUGGUCACUAUGCAAAGACAAGUGUGGGCUACAACUUGGACGGCAUUGAUCCUGAAGUAGGUGGGUUAGCUUUCAGGCUUCUGCCUUGAGUUUUAAACUGGUUUUUCAAUGGAUUAAAUUAAGGCCCCCAAUACAUUUGCUGAAUAUUUUAUAUUGUUUUAUUGGCUUAACCAUUGUCAAAGAAUGUUCACCAAUUUGUCCCUUUGGAUUUUGUGCUAAGCGGUUUAAAUCCAAAAUCAGUUAUUUUAAGCCUCCAUUAAAGAAUGUAUAAAUCCAAGGACAUGUACCUACCAGGUCUCUUCAAAUUAAAGUCACUUCUUUUAAAAAGCUGCCUAGUCAAAAUCAGAAUUUGUUAAAGAUUUCAGUGGUUAAAAUGUCUUCUUACAAAUGCAUAGUAUCCUUUGGAAAAUGUAAUUUUUCUGGUUACAUGGUUAUAGCAUUAUUGAAGAUCCUGAAAUGUGAUGUGAGGAAAAACUUUUCUAUUAUAAUAUAAAGCCAAUAAUAUAUUCUAGAAGAAUAUCUUUUCUAGCUUGAAGACUUUCAGCCCUUGUUUUCACAGGUGUGUCUUUACUGUGUUCAAGAGAUACAGAAAAAGACCAAACAUUUUUUCUAAGCCAAAUCAGCCAACAUGCCUUACAGAAAACAAUAUUCCCCCUCGGUGACUACAUGAAGAAGGAAGUGAAGGAAAUCGCUAGGGGAGCUGGCAUGGACAGAAUUGCAAAGAAAAAAGAAGUAAAAUUGUGCCUACUGUCAGUUAAAUAGACGAUAUUAGCCAUUCUUUUCUGAAAUAGCAAAAAUAUGUUUGUUCAAAUAUUUAUAUUUGCUUCUUUCUUCAAUGGCUGUAAGAGUUUAUUAUGUUAAAAAUGUCCUUGCUGUUUUAUAUAUAAAUAAUUAUUAAAGAAAAAAAACAUGUAUCAGACUAAUUCAGUGUCACUUUUGUUUUUUUUUUUUGCUUCCUAGAGCAUGGGCAUCUGCUUCAUAGGAUCCAGGAAUUUUCAUAGUUUCAUUGAAGAGGUUGGUCAAUGAUUUUAUUUGUGUACAGUAUUUUGAUAUCUAUAAGGGAACACUUUUUGUGCAUUUUAAAUUAAUAUUUUCAGUCUUAAUUUACACGAUCUGAUUGCCUUGUUGAGGUCUUCAACUAAAUAUUGAAAAAUGCAACAAUAAAAUUAUUAUAUUGUUUUUCUCAAAAUCUGACAAUCGAUUUUUUUUACCCCAUAUUUUUUAAGUAUAUUGAGCCUAGAGAUGGGCCUUUUAUUGAUGUAGAGACUGGGAAACCUGUUUGGACACAUAAAGGUAAACAACCAAAUAAUGUAUCUUUUUAUUUCUUGUUAGCAGCAUCUGACCUCUUUUUUUUAUUAUUUUAAAUUUAAACAAGCGCGCCAACCAAUGUCUUUUGUUUGUCAAACUAGAAAAUAUAUGAUCUGAACAGAGUGCAAUGAACUUUAAAAAAUCUAAAACAAGUUGUUUUUUUUUAAAUAUAUCUUUAAGGAACUCACUACUGGACACUAGGACAGCGCUGCCUAAUACCAGGGAAAGCAUCAGCCUAUUUUGUCUGUGAGGUGAAGCCAGACGAAAAUGAAGUUAUUGUGGUAAGUUACAUUUAUGGCGCUAUUCAAGAUAAUAUUUUAAUUUCUUUUUCUGCAAAAGAAAAAUGUAUGAAAGAACAAAAUUGAUGAGUGCUUUUAAAAAAUUUUUUUUAAAACACAUGAUUGACCAAAAUAACACAUUUUGUGAAUUUCUACCACGUUUGUAGUCCUUAGGCCCCUAUACCAUUUUAUCUUUUCAUCACAUAUGAAAAACCCCUAAAAGACAAAGUUUUUCGUGUUAAUUCUUUGCAUGCAUUUUUUAUUAUUUUAUUUUAUAGUAAUAUUCCAAUGUCUGACCUGCUUUUACACCUCAGUUUUAUUACACCAUUUCAGAAAAACAAAAACAAAAGAAAAUAUCAUGCAUUAAUCGCACUUGCAACCCUGCAAUUUUUUUUUUCAAGAACCUCAUUUAGCCUUUAUACUUUAUCACUUGGUGUUAUUUCUAUAGCAAGGUUGUUGUUUUUUUUUAAGAUGAGAGGUUUGCUAGCCUUUUAACAAAAUUUCUCUUCUUGAUGGACAAGGCCAGAGAUUAUCUGCCAAUACAGUUCAAUUAAUGUGGAUUUUCUGCAAUUUUAUCAGCUUUGACACUAAUUUUGUUUAAAUUAAUUUGUUGUGUUUUGUGUCUUAGGCCCCUGGUACUGAUCAUCCAGCCCUUUUCUCAGAAACCAUGCGCACUGGGCCAUGUUACUGGAUACAGGGCACACCCAAGACAGUUUUAGAAUCAAACACAUUUGAUGCGGGAUUCAGAUUUCAACACAAGCAUCGCCUGAUUGGAUGCUCUGGCAUAUUAGAAAGCAGCGGUGGUUUUUUGGUGACUCUGUCUCAGCCAAUGAGGGCCUUGACACCCGGCCAGUUUGCUGUGUUUUACAAAGACAAUAUUUGCUUAGGUAGUUCUAGAAUACUGGAAGUAGGGCCAACACUCUAUGACUUGGAUGUCAGGGAGAGGGUGGUCUUCCCUAAGGAUUUGUCUUAGCUAUGUGAGGACUUAUUGGAUUCAACCUGUGAGUUUUACCUGCUGGCAUAAUGUGUUAUAGAUGAUUUGAUGAAAUAAGUUAGGUCCCAUAUUUAAAUCCUUUACAGUCCAAAUUUGACUUGUAAAUUCUAUUUCAUUUGACUGCUUUAUUUUUAAUUAGUCAUCAAAAUAAGCAUAAUUAUAAAUUUAAAAAAAAAUUUAAAACAACUCUCUCAAGUUAAAUCAAAGAUCUUGAAAAUAAAUGAUUAAUUGUUUUUCGUGGUUUUAUUUUUAUGAUUUUAAAAAUUAGUGUCAGAUUUGUAAAAGUGUUAUGUUUUUCUGUACGGUAUCAAAAUAUCAGUGUAAUAAUUAAUUAUUUACUGAAAUGCAUCACGCACUUGUUCAAACAAGAAAAUAGCAUUGAUUAUAGUAUAAAUAAAUAAAAAUUAAACAUAGGUUCACUUCCCCUGUCCUCAGCCCUCACAUUAAAUUGGGAAGCUAUCCCAUUAUUAUAAUUUUCAAAAAGAGGUUCAGCCCCAUUAAAUUCAUUAAUAAAUUUCAAGUACCGCAUGAUCUGAAUGGGACUGUGUGUUGUGACUGCAAUGAAGUUGUUGAAAACUAAUUCAUGUUAAUAACUGACUGAAGAUAUAUUUUUUUUUUUUAAUUGUUUACCCGUACCUAGUCCGAUGAACUGAGCUUUUUUUAAAUGAUCUACAAAAUUAAUAAAAGUGAUGAUAAAUGUUGAAAUUUGUUUUCUAAAUUUUUAUGUUAUAAGUUCUUGCACUAUUGAGACGUGUUAACAGUUAACAUUUGAAUUUUAAAAGAGUUGCAUGAUAUAUUUCAGCUUGAAGUUUCUGAUG